AUGGCGCCUCCGACCCUGCUAGCGCUCUUAUUCGAGAAGGCCAGUAAUGUCGACAUCGAGCUGAACAAGCGAAGCCUCUCCCUGGCCGGCAGCGAUCUGGCUAAACUGAUUCGCCUUCGUUGUGGUAUCAGAGGAGAAAAGGGUAGAGAGGUCUCUAAGACGGGUGAGGUGAAAUAUAAGAAGGAGUUUAAGUUGUUUCCUAAGUUGCCGUUGGAGUUGAGGAGAAUGAUUUGGUGGGUUUUCAAAGAUACCAGAGUUGCGAGAACCUAG